GAAACGUUGAGACUACAGAUUUCAUUUUAAUGUUGAGCUACUACUGUAUGAACACAGUCACACCCUCAAAAUAGCAGCACACUAAAAUAGAAUGUUGACUACAUAGUAAAUGACUGGCAAAUGUGUCACAUUUUUCUCUAACACGUGUAAACAGCUGGACAACUUCUGUUUGAAUCGCUCAUGUCGCUGAGAAGACAGUCGCAGUUAUAGACUGUAUGUUUAUUCACUCCAGCUGACUUAUCUUAUCUGUCAGUUUAUUGACGGCUGUGGACUGAACGUCUCAUGCAGGAUAACGGCACUCAGAACAGAGUCCUGGAUCUCUCACACGCAUUCAGUCAAUCUCACUAUGGCAUGCGUUUGGAGAACUCUUCUUCUCAACAUUUUCAUUGUCUCUGGUAUUAGUAGUAACGUGUUGACAGGUUAUUUUUGGCACAUCUCAGACCUCCAUUGGGAUCCUUCUUAUGAUGUAGGGAGUAGCUCGGCAUCAAAAUGUGCUUCUAGUGGAGGCCGUCCGACUCCAAACGCAGGCAAAUUUGGAGAUUAUUCUUGUGACUCACCAUGGACUCUGAUAAAUUCAUCAGUGAACGCCAUGAGAGAGAUCCUGCCUGACCCUGACUUCAUCGUUUGGACGGGAGAUGAUACGCCUCAUGUGCCCAAUGAGCAGCUGGGAGAAGAACCCGUCCUGAGAAUAAUCGGCAACCUCACCCACAUCAUAAAAUCUGUCUUUCCCAACACCAAGGUGUAUUCUGCGAUGGGAAAUCAUGACUACCAUCCAAAGAACCAAAUGCCUCCAGAAAAGAACAACAUUUAUGAGCAAACAGCAAACCUGUGGCAUGACUGGCUCCAUACGGCCUCAAAAGAAACCUUUAAAACAGGUGGAUAUUACACAGAAAAGUUGCUGAAUCAAACUGGCUUCAGAGUUGUGGUGCUCAAUACAAAUCUCUAUUACGAUCAGAACAGUCUCACAGAUAACAUCAAAGACCCUGCAGACCAGUUCAGUUGGGCUGAUAAAGUGCUUCAGGACGCAGCCAAAAAUAACGAGAAGGUUUACAUUAUCGGCCACGUCCCUCCAGGGAUGUUUGAGAAGAAGCGAGAUAAGGCCUGGUUCAGAAAAGAGUUUAAUAAGCGCUAUAUCGACCUCAUUCAUAAGCACAGCGCUGUUAUUCAGGGCCAGUUCUUCGGUCAUCACCACACCGACAGCUUCCGCAUGUUCUACAGUUCAAAGGGAUCUCCAAUAAGUGCGAUGUUCCUGACACCAGGAGUUACGCCCUGGAUAACAACACUACCUGGUGUGAAAGAUGGCGGAAAUAAUCCGGGGAUUCGCAUCUUUGAGUAUGACACCAAAACACUUUUGAUCAAGGAUAUAGUUACCUACUAUCUGAACCUGACAUAUGCAAACAUGGCACGGGCGCGCUGGGAGAAGGAGUACCGUCUGACGGAGGCGUUUCACGUGCCGGACGCCUCGCCUGCCUCCAUGCACCGCGUGAUGGAGCGGAUAACCAGCGACAAGUGUUAUCUGCAGAAGUACUUUGAGUUCAACUCGGUGGGUUAUGACCUGACGGAGUGCCACGCUGACUGCCGCGUCGAUCACGUGUGCGCGGUGAGGGAGGUUGACUUUGAGGCGUAUGAGCGCUGCGUGCUGAAGGAGGGAGGAUCGUCUGCUGGACCAGCGCUGUUCACUCUGCUGCUGUCACUGAUGCUGAGCCUGCUGCGUCUCAACUGAUCCCAGAACAGCAGCGUUCUCUGAAUAUUGUCAUUGACAUGUUUUCACCAGUAUUUAAAGUAGCUUUUCUUACUGCUUAUAUACUUGAUUUAUUAUGAUUUGUUUAUAUUUAUUGAACUGUCUCUUAAAGGGUUAGUUCACCCAAAAAUGAAAAUUAUGUCAUUUAUUACUCACCCUCAUUGCGUUCCACACCCGUAAGACCUUCGUUAAUCUU